AUGAAGCCUUUCCUGUUAAUUGCAACUCUUGUAACCAUAAUCUCUGUGGUACAUUCUGGUGACAUAGGAGGUCACUAUGGCGGUGGAGGGCACGAUAUAGGCGGAGGAUUUGGCGGUGAACAUGGAGGAUUUGGCGGUGGAGAUGGAUUGGGUGGUUCCUCUGGAUCAUCAGGAUUCGGCGGUGGCGGUCCAAGUGUUCAAACCAUCACCCAGCAAGUACCCGUACCAGUACCUCAGCCCUAUCCAGUGACUGUUAAUCGACCAGUACCAGUGCCAGUACCACAACCCUACCCCGUCGUUGUUAACAGACCUGUACACGUUUCUGUACCUCAGCCUUAUACUGUUGAAGUACCCAGACCCGUGCCCGUUACUAUCACCAGACGUGUACCAUACCCGGUUCCUCAUCCCGUUCAAGUACCCGUCAGAGUUCCAGUGCAGGUACCAGUACCUCAACCCUACCCUGUCACUGUACCCCAACCUUACCCGGUUCGCGUGCCCCAAACGAUAGUCGAGAAGGAGGAUUCGGUGGAGCUGGACUUGGAGGCGGUCACGGAGGAGCUGGAUUUGGAAGCUAUGGUGGCGCUCACGGAGGAGCUGGACUUGGAAGCUAUGGUGGAGGUCAUGGAGGAUCUGGACUUGAAAGUUAUGGUGGCGCUCACGGAGGAUCUGGACUUGAAAGUUAUGGUGGAGGUCAUGGAGGAGCUGGACUUGGAAGUUAUGGUGGAGCCCACGGAGGAGCUGGACUUGGAAGUUAUGGAGGCGGUCACGGGGGAAUUGAACUAG